UAAUGAAAGUGACAACAACAGAUAAAGAUUUAAGUAAUCGAUUGAUCGAUUGGGUCUUCGCAGUAUUUUCACGAACUUCCCAGAAUGAAUGUUUUCAAUCUUUGCAUUGUAAUUUUCAGUACGUUUUUGGCCUUGUCGUAUGGGGACCACUGCUUGCAACGUGCUGAAUCUGUGAAAUUAUCAGAGAUAUGCUCGAAACAAUUGAAGAACUUGUGCAAAAAUCAUGACCUACUAUUUUCAUUUUGGGAUUCUUCUUCAAGACAAAUUCAUUCAGGUUUGUCAGCUACAAACAAUGAAGAUUUGGGAAAUUACGAUCAGUGUAUAUCUAUAGAUGAAAAAUUGGGAGAUACGAAUAUAUUAGGAAAAUUUUGUCCUUUACAAUGGGCGACUGCAUUACCUAAAAAUAUUCUGACAGAGCUAGUCGUCGCUUUAGAAGAAUACAAUCCAAUAAAUAUUUUGAGGCAUAAUGAAACAUCUCGAUUGGGAUCGAGCACAGAAAAGGUGGAUGUAUUCAAGCAGGUGGUUAAUCUACAAGCCAAUGCCGAAAAGGAUAAUAUAAUUUUGAUUGGAUCAAUCUGCAUACCCGAUGGUUGUACACCAGAAGAAUUCACUGAAGUGUUCAAUCCGUAUAUUUACCCGGUUGACUAUACUGUCCAAAAUUCCUCAACUAAUUGUUUCACAAAAGAAGAUAUUUCCCACAUGUCAACAUUUCAAAUAAUUGUCACAAUUUGUAUUUGUGUUAUAGUUUCAAUAGUGAUUGUUUCAACAGCGUAUCAUGCUUGGCUUUAUAAUAAAAAUAAAGAAGAACCUCCCGAAAUCAUCAAAGCAUUUUCCGUCCUAAACAAUGGAAAGAAACUAUUCAAAAUAAGCUGGGGUAACAAAGAACAAAUCCAAUGUAUCCAUGGACUAAGAUUUUUAAGUAUGGUGUGGGUCAUUGCAGGACAUACAUUCGCAGGGGCUGACUCUAUUCCACAUUUCAAUCACAAGGAUGUAGAAAAAUGGAAAUCUCAGCUAUACUCUGAGUAUAUACAAGCUGGUCAUUAUGCUGUAGAUACCUUUUUUUUUCUAUCUGGUUUUCUAUUGGCCUAUGGUUACAUGAAACAGAUGAAGGAUGUCCAGGUUUCCAAACAAAUAAAGUCCAUUCCACUUAUGAUCCUUCAUCGUUAUCUUAGACUGACACCAGCUGUAGCUGCACUAUUUUUCGUUUCUCUUUCGUUCUUGGAAUCGUUGGGUAAUGGACCAUUGUGGAUUUAUAGUUUAGAGGUGAUAAAUGAACCGUGCAGAAAAAAUUGGUGGAAAUAUUUCCUUUACAUCCAGAAUUACGGUUCAGAUAAAAUGUGUUACCUUCAUACUUGGUAUCUGUCCGCCGAUAUGCAAAUGUUCUUGGUUGCUCCUAUAGUGCUUAUUCCAGCAUCUGUAUAUUUUCGUAGAAAUCUGCGUAUAGUUAUAUCUGCACUGGCUGGGUUGACGAUAUUCUGUGUGGGUUUAACCAUAGGUAUUCGAUACAUUGUAGAUGAUUAUUCUAAUGAAUAUGAUACCCAUUCUAGGCUGUCUGACUACCUAGUGGGAAUAAUUGGAGGUAUUUUAAUACACACUCAGAGAGGAAAACAUAUCAAAAUAAAUAAGAUUCUCAAUUUAGUGUUGUGGAUUGUAUCUCUAGCAUUAAUGAUUUUCUUGGUACUUUAUCUCAACGAUGUUGUUGAAAACCCAACAAAAGACAAAACGAACUUUUUUUAUGCUAUACAGAGACCAAUAUGGAGUGCUUGCAUAUUAUGGAUAAUAUUCUCUUGUCAUCAUGGUUAUGGAGGAAUCAUAAAUAGAUUUUUAUGCAUUUCAUGUUUCCAAAUCGGCUCAAGAUUAUCUUAUUGUAUGUACAUCGUACAUUUAUCACUUAUCAUUUAUAAUAUUGGAGCAGUAAGAACAUACCAAUUCGUCAACGACUACAAUGUGCUUUAUACAGUAUGUGGAAACGUGGUCGCAUCUCUAAUAAUUUCUUUACUAUGGACACUAACAUUUGAAGCUCCAAUGAUUAUUUUGAAUAAGAUGCUCCUAGGAAAAUUUGAGUCUCCCAAGAAGUGACAUAAGAGGUUGCAUAAUAUUCUCUCCGAAUGUUCGUACUCUACGAAAAAUAAUUGUUAUACUGUAAAAAUACAAAAUCCAAUUUUCUAUA